UUGGGACUGUGAGAAGAAUCGAAGGGUGUUGAUGACCGUGUUUGAGUCUGUUUGGCAGGGCCGUCUGUGAUAUCUCCCGAUUGGGAUAUACCUGCUCACCCACUUACGACAAUGACCUCCUCGUCUCAAUUGCUGAUACCUCUCCAUGUUCGCUACAUUCAAUCUCUGGGCGAGAACAAGGAUGAUCUCACCUAUCAUUUGACUGCGCAUUUGCGAAUGAAUGCAGUAUAUUGGGGACUGACAGCCUUGUGUAUUAUGGAUCACAAAGAUGCAUUGAGCAAGGACGAGACCAUUGAGUACGUUAUGAGCUGCUGGGUCGACGAGGCAGGUGCAUUCGGCCCACAUCCUGACCAUGAUCCUCAUCUGUUACCAACACUGAGUGCGAUCCAAAUUUUGGUUAUUCACGAUGCACUGGAUCGCAUUGACGUACCUCGGGUGACCAAAUUCAUUUUGUCCUUACAACAACCAUCGGGCGUCUUCGCUGGUGACCAGUUUGGCGAGAUCGAUACACGAUUCCUUUACUCUGCUGUAAAUGCUCUCUCGUUGCUAGAUCAACUCCACCAACUCGACGUCGAGAAGACUGUUUCGUAUAUCAAACAGUGUAAGAAUUUCGACGGAGGGUUUGGGGCAGUAAUUGGUGCGGAGAGUCAUGCUGCACAAGUCUGGGUCUGUACAGCUGCACUUGCGAUCCUUGAUCGACUCGAUGUGAUAGAUCAAGACACACUAGCGUGGUGGCUUGCCGAGAGACAACUUCCAAACGGAGGUUUAAAUGGCCGACCUCAGAAACUAGAAGAUGUCUGCUACAGUUUCUGGGUUCUGUCGUCACUAUCGGUCCUUCGGAAGGUAUCAUGGAUUGAUGCGGAUAAGCUCACUUCAUUCAUUCUCUCCGCUCAGGACACGGAGAACGGUGGCAUUGCCGAUAGACCUGGUGACCUGCCUGAUGUUUUCCAUACUAUCUUUGGUGUAGCCGGACUGUCGCUUCUCGGAUAUCCGGGCUUAGUUGAUAUUGACCCAGUGUACUGCAUGCCUGCAAACCUUAUAGAGUCAAAAGGCCUGCGAAAAGGAUGGGAAGCCUUACCGAGGAAAGCCAGUUAAUAACCUUGCUGUUCUACUUGAUGUCUGUCAUCGCACGCACCUAUCGCGUGUGAAUUUGCUACUUCUCCACAGUGACAAUUGGAAGGCUUAAAUCUGACCCGGCUCCUUAGGAACAUGCUGCUCCCCCUAAUCCACCUUGGGGAGCGCCAAGUCUUGUUCCUGGACCGCAAACGGCAAACAGCAGUCCAUAUUUCUAUAAAUAGACUGGUAUGUAUGUCAUCGAAAAGUUAUUACACAGCUGCGCGUUUCCUAUAGGCAUUGUGACGAUUUUAACGUCGUAUGAAAGUUUUGACUGGAGCUCCUUGUCAGUUGCCCGUAGAUUACUCCAUCAUAGCUGUCAUGACGCACUGAUAAGUUAUUGCAAGUCAAUG